AUGGAUGAUGAUGCGAAUCUUCAAUUGGAAUCAGAUAAAGAAAAUGAAAUCCGAAUAUUGGAAGAAUCUGAACCGAAAACAACAACUGAAAAAUCUUCUUGUUCUACUAUAAAGUCAACCACAAAAACCAAAGAAAAAAAUACUUCAUCAUCAAAAACUAAACGUCUUUCUGUUUUUAAGAAACAAUGGAUAAAAGAUUCAAAAUAUGCAGGUUUUCUUCAAGAAUGCAAGACAAGCCCGUAUCUCGCACAUUGUUCAAUUUGUAAAUCAGAUUUUUCGAUUGGGAAUGGGGGAACAUAUUUGAUUAAUCGACAUCUUGAACAAGCUACACAUAAACGUUUAGUUGAAGUACAAACGAAAGAAAAAUCACGUUCAAUGGAUGAUUUUGUAACUCCAUCAAGUGUUUUAACAAAAUUAACUGCUGCUGAACUUGCUUUUGUAUAUCACGGUGUACAUCAUGGACAUAGUUAUGUUAGUCAAUCAUGCACAGUUGAUCUUGUGAAAAAAGUUUUUCAUGAAUCCAUUAUAGGACAAAAUAUUACUUGUAGUAAAACAAAGGCACGUGAAUUAUCAGUAAAUGUUCUGGGUUUAGUAAAAUCUGUAUUAGAAGUUGUUAAUCAACCCCGUGAAACAGCUGAUGAUAUUGUAGCUUCUUUACGUGAUGUAUUAAAAAUGAAUGAUAUUGAUAUUCAAUAUAUGACAUCUAUUGGUGCUGAUAAUACUAAUACAAAUUUCGGUUGCAAUCAUUCUGUAUUUAGUUUAAUAAAAUCUGAAGUUUCAAAUUUGUUGAAAGGUAACUGCUAUUGUCAUAUCCUUCACAAUUCAGUGAAAAAUUCUCAUCACCUUCUAUUAGUUGAUAUUGAAUCAAGUUUAUCUCAGCUUUACAGUCAUUUUAGUUCAUCAUCUAAAAGAGUUGCAGAACUAAAAGAAUAUUUUGAAUUUGUUGAAGAAGAUUAUCUGCGUUUAUUACAACGCAUAAAACUUCGUUGGCUUACUUUAUAUAUAUCAAUUGCGCGUUUAUUAAAAGUAUAUGAUCCAUUAUCUGCGUAUUUUUUAAAUAUGGAUAAUGAAGAUGAAGCAAAGUGUCCACCUUCAAUCAAAAGAUCUUUUUCAUCAGAUGUGGCCAAAUGUACAUUACAUUUUUUACCUCAAGUUUUGUUUGAUAUUCAAACAAAGAAUUUGGAACUUCAACGAUAUGGUACUUCAAUUGCGGAUUUGCAUCGGAUUAUUACGAACUUACUUAAAAAAUUGAAUAAUCGAUUAGAACAAAAGUAUUUUGGAUAUCAAACAAGAAUAUUAUUAAAUGCAAUGCCUAAAGAUGUACAAGAGAAAUUGAUUUCUUCAUUUGUAAAAUAUUUGAGAAGUAUAAUUCAAUAUAUACACAAGUAUUAUGAUGAACAUUCAUUAUUAGCUGAAUCAUUAGCUAUUUUUAGUAUAACUGAAAUUGAUCAAAUUAAAUUCGAUCAAAUUGAAAAGUGUGUUGCUAUUCUUAAUCUUGAUGUUGAUCAUGACAAAUUAUUCAAGGAAAUGAUUAGUUUACAAAAUACAUAUAAAGAAGUUAAUUCUUAUCGUGAACCAUUAUUUGUUCAAAUUGAAAAAUAUGUUGGUGGUCAUGAAAUCGAAAAACAAAUAGUUAAUGAAGUACUUGAAGAAUCAGAUGAUGAAGAACUUGUUCACAAAACACCAACACCAACACAAACACAAAAUCAUCAAGAUAGUUAUCAUAAAAUUCGACCUGAUCAGCUUUGGGCAUUCUUAAUUACCAAAACAACAACAAAUUGUGAUGAAAUGACAAAGCUGGUUUCUUAUGCAUAUUCAAUUCCAUGUUCUAAUGCAUUUGCCGAAGGUGUUUUUAGUCAUAUGAAACAUUUAUGGACAAAUAGUCGAAGUUCAAUGUUAAGUGAAACUGUAGCUGCUGAAUUAAAAAUACGAUUGAAUUGUAAGAUAAAAUGUAAUGAGUUUUUUUACAUUUGUUCAAAAUGAACCUAAAUUAUUCAAAUGUGCUCGACGACAAGAAAAGUAUAGCCAUAUUAAAAAACCUUGUUCUAGUUGAUUACAAUAUUUAGCAUGUCUUCAUUGGAAAUUUUGUAUUGUUUUGCAGAUUAUAGGUGUCCCAUGUAAAAAAAAUAAUCAAAAAAACGAUUAUAAUCAGACGAUUUUAAUCAAUAAUUUAAGCAGUAAUAUUCA